GUCUCCCGGCAUGUCGGCCGUGCGCAGGCACCUCUGGGACGAGUACCAGGCGGUGGGCUCCGGCCGGGGCAGCGCCCGCAGGAAGCGGCAGCGCUUCGUGGACAAGAACGGGCGCUGCAACGUGCAGCACGGGAACCUGGGCGGCGAGAGCAGCCGCUACCUCUCCGACCUCUUCACCACGCUGGUGGACCUCAAGUGGCGCUGGAACCUGCUCAUCUUCCUGCUGACCUACACGGUGGCCUGGCUGGUCAUGGCCUCCAUGUGGUGGGGCAUCGCCUACCUGCGGGGCGACCUGCACCGCGCGCACGACCAGAGCUACCACCCCUGCGUGGCCAACGUGUACAACUUCCCGUCCGCCUUCCUCUUCUUCAUCGAGACCGAGGCCACCAUCGGCUACGGGCACCGCUACAUCACCGAGCGCUGCCCCGAGGGCAUCGUGCUCUUCCUCUUCCAGUCCCUGCUCGGCUCCAUCGUGGACGCCUUCCUCAUCGGCUGCAUGUUCAUCAAGAUGUCCCAGCCCAAGAAGCGAGCCGAGACCCUCAUGUUCAGCCGGGCCGCCGUCAUUUCCCAGCGGGACGGCAAGUUGUGCCUCAUGUUCCGGGUGGGCAACCUGCGCAACAGCCACAUGGUCUCCGCUCAGAUCCGCUGCAAGCUCAUCAAGUCCCGACAGACACCAGAAGGGGAAUUCCUGCCAUUAGAUCAAUGUGAGUUGGAUGUUGGAUUUGGAACUGGAGCUGACCAGCUGUUUUUAGUUUCUCCUUUAACCAUCUGUCAUGAAAUCAACCCCAAAAGCCCCUUUUUUUGUCUCUCUCAAAGAUCGCUAAGAAGUGAGCAGUUUGAGAUCGUUGUCAUCCUUGAAGGAAUUGUUGAAACUACUGGAAUGACGUGUCAGGCUAGGACCUCCUACACAGAAGACGAAGUUCUUUGGGGCCACAGAUUCCUCCCAGUAAUGUCCCUAGAGGAUGGCUUUUUUCGUGUGGAUUACUCUCAGUUUCAUGCCACCUUUGAAGUCCCCACACCUCCUUAUAGUGUUAAACAGGAGGAAAGCCUGUCUCUUCCAUCUCCUUUCAAUACUCCUAUUGGUAACAACCGAAACAGAAGGGAACACAUCUGCUCACUUGACUGUAUUGAUAUUUUAGAAGAGAAAACAAACAAGUUUCCUAGUAAACUGCAAAAAAUUAGCUCCAGAAAGGAAGGCCUUCAGAGAAGAGUCCUGAGACUGAGUCCCAGCAAUGUGGAGAAAGCUUGCAGUACUGGAGAUCUCUUGAGAAUUCAGGAGAUAAGUUCUGUUCCCAGCAAUGAAGAUGGUGAUGAAAGGAUACAACUGAAGGCCUUCAGAAUCAAAUCUGAGUCUUUGACUCAGUCUACUGGAGAUCUUGAGUUACAGAAAAAGCCUCAAGGUAUGCUCACCUUAGGGACAAGACUAGAGGAUAAUUUGCCUGCCAAACUUCGAAAAAUGAAUUCUGAUCGCCUCUCCUAAAUAACAGAUGCAACAGGAGUUAUUGUUAAUAAACUGCAUUUUAGACUUCUGUCCUUCAGGAUUAUUUUGGAAUACUACUGUGAUAAUUUGGUUUUGCCAAGGGAUUCUUCAUAAAUAACCAUUUUCAAAAUUAAUUAGCAUUUUUCUAUAAUAUUCAAUAUAAAUCUGAUUUAUGUAGCAUGGUAACUGUACAGGGUGCUAUACUGUAAGUUCAUUGUGCCAAAUACACAAGUCCCUGCUUUAAAGCUGUCUAUCAGCACUACUGUAACAGAUUGGUCUGGUCUUCCAUCCUUUCAGAAGCCAGAUUCUCAGCUAGGACUAAAGUGCACAUAGUGCAGGUUGGGUGGGGGAGGGUUCAAUGGCAGCAUAAACCUCACCUUUACACACCCCUGAUCCUAGGGCUGCUGUGUAUAAUGUGGGUAUUCUCCCUGUCACCCCCUCCCCCCACAUCAUAUAUUAGAGUAGCCCUAUGUGUGGUCUAAUCUAUGCCAUCUCUUAACACCCUUAAGGGACUAAAGCCAUCACUGGGGAACUGUGUACCAUAAAGAUGCCCAGGCGCAUCUCCUGUGCCAGCAACGGAGUGGAUGGGGAGUAGCAGCAGGGGCUAUAUGAGCUGCUGUGCCACUGGAGGAUCCAUUACACUUAUGUGAGCCCCCCAGGGCUGGAUGCACAUGUUCUAAUGGCCAGCAGCCAGAUUGAUCAAAGGAUUUGGCCAAAGAAGUAGAUUAAGAAAAAGUACAAAACUUUUUUCUCCUACCACUAAAAGAAUUAAAUCUGAAAUUAGUACAUUUUAUCAAAACUAGUUGGUGAGACAAUAGAGGCACAGAAAUGAGUAUGCCCCUGAAUAUUACAGUCCUAUGAUAUGAAAAGAUAAGGAUUUUUUCAGAAGGUAGGUGACCAGCAGUGUCUCAAACGACUAAGUAAAAAUUAUAUUUUGACUUAUUGAAUUUUAGAAAAUAGUAAGAACUGGACUCAUAUUUUAUUUUCUUAACAUUAUUAGUUCCAUAGUUAUCAAAUAAUCAAAUGUUUGUUUCAGUUUCUAUUCUUGAACUGUUAUUCAUCUUUUCCCUGUGGAAAAAUGACUUGUUUACCGCCUAUAGUGAGCAAACAAAAUCAUAUCUAACUAUUUAAUAAAAUAAUAUUGAGUACUUGCUGUAUAUGAUGCUUUGCUUCUUCAAACCAUUCCACAAGAAGAUGAAAUUCUACUCUGGUAUAUUGAUGCAAUUUCACUGAAGUCAGUGGGACUGCACUGGCAUAACAGAGCAGAACUUGGACUAUUAACUAAUCAUCUCAGCACACUUGUGAUAGAGAAACUCAAGCAGAGAUUAAGUGAUUUGCCCAUUGUUACAAAAGCAGAUGGAUCUCCAGUCAGGGUUAGAAUUCAGAAGUUCCUGAUUCCCACUCCUGUGCUAAUACCCCUAAACCAAUAUGCUGCCCACAUAGAAUGGAAUGGACAAGGGCAACACAUCUCGAAGAACAACAGUUACGAAAGGUAGGUAACCGUUUAUGUUAUGCUAGCACAAUAUUCCUUAUUUCUAAAGGAUGGUUAAGUUACAGGCACUAUGGGAUUGAUAAUGUCCUUAUUUGGAUUUCCCUUCAACUAUUAGGCGUCAGUUAUGUACAGAGACCAGAGCCAGUCCUAGGGCAGUACAGUGUAUUUGGAAUCUCUUUGGUAAUCCAAGGUCUGAGGCUGGGAAUUGUGGCAGUAAAGUCACUUUCUAUUUUUAGACAAGAGGAAGACGUGAACAGUUGGGACUCCCCGAGGGUGGGGGAAGAAAUAUUGAUACGCCUUUGCUGAAGAAAGGGGAGGGAAAACAUCUCCAAGUUCUUCAGGAAUUUGAACUUAACUUCCAGCAAAUUUGCAUCUUUAGGAAACAAAAACUAAUGAAAACUGGAAACAUGUUAAUAGAUGGCUUAGCCUGUGUCUCUGUUUUUGAACUGCUUGUACACACGAGAGCUACAAUGCUAUACUGUACAUUGGAGGGAAAAAAUGAUAUUAUAGGCCAUGUGUUAACUGAAAUUAAUUACAUCAAAGUAUUUGUUUUCCUUGCAUUGUAUGGCCAUUAGAUCAGGUAUUUGGACUCCAUUUUAUGCAGUCUGGGGAUACACUUCAGCUAGAGAGUGGGCAAAAUUUGAAAUAAAUGUAAUAAUUGAGAGAAUCAGAAAAAAAAACAAAAAAAAA